AAUGUACAAAUCAGCCCCUUCAACUGGGUCUGGACUGCAGCAAUACAGUUACUCACACCGGUGUAUCCGUAACUGCGCAACUCAAGAGUACUUGGAAUAAAUACUGCGUUAUGUGCGUCGCAAUGAAGAGAAGCGACCGCAAUUGCGAUGCCUUCAAAACAGUGGGACAAGUUAACAUCUGCAGACUGUGUGGGGAAUUUGUUAUGACACUCCAAACGUUCUGAUGUGACGUUUAUGGGGCGGGAUGCCAGGAAACCCGGUAAACUACCGUUGGGAAAAUGCAGUGCUGUUGAAAUAACAAACCAUUAGCCAAUUUUGUUUUUUAGGGGACUUUGUGUUCAGGUGAAUGUGAAGUUAUAGUGUGUUGGAAGUGUUUGGGUGUUGGGUAAAAUAAGAACGAGUUGUCCUCUUCACGACCGGUUUAUGUGACACAAUACGCCAAAACAAACCAAAUAAUUCAAUUUCACAUGAACCUUUCAUUUUACGCGUCCCCUCGUUCACUGUUGAACGCUUUGGGAAAAAUAAACAAAAUCUCACCUCUCGCUUCAAGAGCCCAAAUUUACGACUGCAGCGAACGCAGCACCGCUACUUUUUUCUUUCCAUUAGCCGAACGUUAGCUUAAACAUUUUUUAGCUGUUCGCGAUUUGUGUCUCUUUUGAAAAACGUUUUCCGUCCGUGCCAGCGGGCUAUAAAAACCCCAUUUGCCUCCCGAAUGAAGGUCGACGGUGAAUGGUUGCGAGCAGACAGUGGCGGUGGGGGAGAGGGGGGAGUUGUAUGUUUGACGAAGCUUCAAAAAGUCCGUGGGGAAGUUCCGUGGGAAAUCCCCCCCCGAGUGUGCGAGGAUAUUAUUCUGCGCCACAGCACUCGACGCGAAUCGACCCUCCUCGGUCCAUUCCUCAAGUCGCGUCACCGUAGACGGAGGUGUCAAAUGCUGGAUUACUAAAAGAAAGAAAAAAAGAAGAAGAAGAAGGAAGACAAAAAAAAAGACAAAACGUCCACGAAGCCCGCGAUGGACAACGCCGCCGCCGCCGCCACGACGGAGCCGGAUAGCGACGCGACGCUGCGCAGCAGCUGCGGCGCGCUGAACACUUUGUACCACGAGACGCGGCAGGAGGUCGAGCUCCUCAACAGGCAGAUCCACGUCAAGGACAACAUCAUCAGCGACCUGAAGGCCAGGCUGGGGAGGUACGAGAAGAUCUACGUGUCCGUGGGGGACAACGAGUCCGUGGUGAUCGGGCCGUCCAAGUCGCUGCUGGAGAGCUUGUGUAAAGAGAUCUGCAAACUGAAACAGCGGAGGAACGACGUGGAGAUCAGAGCGUCCCGGCAAGCGGAGGAGAUCCAGCGGCUGACCCUGCAGCUGGCGGAGAAGGAGCUGGAGCUGGAGGCCGUCCGGUGCCAGCCGGACCACCAGAAGGACCGCGAGGUCCACCGCCUGCGGGCCGCCCUGGAGGAGAGGGAGCGGGCCGAGGCCACCAGAGCCGUGCUCUGCACGUCCCUGGAGGAGGAGGCCGACCAGCUGCGCGGCCAGCUCGGCGCGACGGUGAAGGUGUGCCAGGAGCUGCUGGCCAGGCUGGAGAAAGACGAGAAGGGGGGAGGAGAAGAAGCAGGGGAUGUGGCUCAGCAGCAAAGGUCUAAAGAGAUGACGGAGUCCUCUGACAUGAGCGGUGUCAACGUCCGAAUCCGUCACCUUGAAGAGGAGAAUCAACAGCUAAAGCAGCGAGUGGCAUACGUCCAAAGUCUGAAUUCUCAGUGGCAGAAGUACGACUCCAGCAGGGAGGACUAUAUCCGAGGUUUAUGUCAGAGGCUGAAGGAGACCUCUGGGCCGGGCUUGACGCCUGGACUUGGCUCUGUGAGCAGCGUUCUGCUGCAGCAGGAGAUUUCCAGGCUCAAUGGCUUACUCGAGGAGAAGAUGAGCGAGUGCGUGCGGCAGAGUAGAGAAGUGGAGGAGAUGAGGAGGCACAACAAGGAGCGCAUCCAGACUCUGCAGCAGCAGGUCCUCAUCUACGCAGACGACUUUAAGUCUGAGCGCGCCGACCGAGAGCGAGCGCAGGGCCAGAUCCAAGACCUGAAGGAGCAGAUCCAUCAGUUGAAGCAGCCGCUCCACAAACAGCCCGGGGCGAGCAGAGACGUGGUUCCCAUGUGUCGCGUGCACAUAGGGCACCGGAUCGCCUCCCGCCGACGCAAGGAAUCGCCCGAGCAUCUGCUGAGGACCGCGCCCGAGCUGCUGCUGCUGCAGCAGCAGCAGCAACAACAACAACAGCAGCCCGCCGCCGCCACCACGCCCGUGGCCGCCGCCGCCACCACCGCACCGAGCCCCGCGUGGAGCGAGCGGCCGGGCCUGUCGGAACUGCAGUGCCCGCGGUGCCUCGCCACGUUCAAGGACACGGACGCGGCAGAGUACCUGAACCAUUGCGAAGACUGUGCCAGAAUAUGAACAGGAGUGACACUUACGCUUACGGGGGUACGCUCGCCGCUCAGCGCUCGAUGACACUACGCGGCAGAAAAUAACCUGCGUGGAGUUUCCGGUCCGGAGAGACUUGACUACAAAUGAAACGACUGACUUGAGGUGUUUGUACUCGGUGGAGCGAUAACCGUACCAGCCAAAGUUCCCCUGCUGCAGGAGGGAUGAGCGGAUGAGGCUUUUCUAGGUCUGCACGGGGGAACAGUGUCUGCUUCUCGCUGUCCUCCUGUGGCAAUGCAAGAGAUUAUUGUGGUGGGAAAAGUGGAUGUCAAUGCAAUAUAACAAAUAUCAUAUACCUCAAUGCGUCAGAUUAUAAACCUGUUGCACUUUCUUGACUUUUAGCCCAAAACUGAAUCGUAUGAUCAUACGAUUGUCAUGGCGCAUAAGCUUUUUUUUUUUUUUUGGAUAAUGUGGUGCUAUAAGUUGUUUACUUUUGAUUGAACUUUACAUAUUCUGUCCUGUAAAUUAUACAGUCCUAAUAAGAGAUUUGAAAUAUAUAACUAUUAAUAUUUAUUCAUGUUGCAUAUAUAUUUGGACAAGGGAGAGCGUUUUAGUGCAAUGCUUUGAUAUCUUUUCUCCACCAAAGCCAUGAAAUAUUUAUUUCCUAGUACGCUUUAAAGGAUGAAAAACAACAUUGAAUAUAUAUAUUUUUGUCCAUUUCCUUUUUUUUGUAACCGUGUACAUAAAGAUUGGUUCUUAACUGACAAUGAUAUACUUAUUUUUGGAGGUGCUGUUACUGUUGAGCUGGCACAACAUUUUUGUAAUAAAAUAUUGUUCACACACA